GCACCAUCCGGUUCCCAGCUUCACACUUUUAGCAGUGAUUCUUCAGAGCAGCUAGUUUGCUAACUUAGCAGCCUGAACAACAACAACAAAAAAAAAAACCCAACAACGCGGAACUACCACAGAGCCGCGGAGGGACAGCUGAAUAUGGCAGAGCAUGAACCGCAGCAAGGAGAGCAGGACCUUGAGAAGAAAAUAGUGGAGAUCAGGCAGAGAUUCAAGAAUGAGUUACUCAAAGACUCAACAGAUAAGUAUGACUCCAGGGAUGUGGAGAGGAUUGAGCAGGAGGAUGCUCUGGUGGAAGCCUACCUCACAUGGAGAAUGUAUGUUGUUGAUGACACCUUGAAGAUGAUAGACGAAAGUCUACUCUGGAGAAAAGAGUUUGGGAUAAAUGACGUGAGCGAGGGCACCAUUCCCAGGUGGAUGUUUGAGAGCGGUGCCGUCUUCCUCCAUGGCUACGACAGAGAAGGCAACAAACUCUUCUGGUUUAAGGUGAAGCUGCACAUCAAGGAUGCAAAAACAGUCGUGGACAAGAAGAAGUACGUCGCCUUCUGGCUGGAGCGGUACGCAAAGAAGGAACCCGGGAUGCCGCUCACCGUGGUGUUUGAUAUGACGGAGUCCGGCCUUAGCAAUAUUGACAUGGACUUUGUGAAGUAUGUCAUCAAUUGCUUCAAAGUAUACUAUCCAAAGUUUUUAUCUAAAAUGAUCAUAGUGGAAAUGCCUUGGAUCAUGAACGCGGCAUGGAAGAUUAUAAAGUCCUGGUUGGGACCAGAAGCCAUCGCAAAGCUGAAGUUUGCAACCAAAGCUGAGAUUCACACAUAUAUUGGUGCAGAGCACCUGCCGCCUCACCUGGGUGGAUCGGUAUGCUCCUGUGUUUUUCGUCACCCCCCUCGAUGUGCUCAAUUCUCGGAUUUGCUUCAUUUAGAAAAUAAAUGUUAGAAUCGGCUAAUAUUG